AUGCAGCCCCUCUGGAUGUUGCUUGACGCCUCUGGAUCAGACUACAUUUUGAGGGAGACACUCGCUGCUGGUCAGCGAGCUUCCAGGCAUGCGAAUGUAGCUGGUCUUGCGCUCCUGGUAUACGAUUACCUCCUCACAUUGCACUUCGAAGCACGAUGGAUCUGGGGGCGCAGGUGGGACGCUACGCGGGUACUGUUCACGCUCGCGCGAUACACUGUCUUUACAGCGGUGAUCUUUACGGCUUAUUGUAAAUCGCAGUCUUUCAGCUCGCCUGGAGGUGUGAUAUGCUUAUUCCUGCCCAUGGUUCUAGCAUCUACCGGCGUCUAUUUCUUCUCAUCCAUACCGUCGUGUGAAGCAUUCAACCGGGUUUCCGAUGUGCUUCACCUCGCGAGCAUGGUCAUGCCCGAAACACUCUUUAUCCUGCGUGUGUGGUAUUUGUGGAACCGCAGCAAGCUAGCGAUGCUCUUCCUCUUGUCUGUAGCUGUCGUUCUUGGAGCCGUCAGCACGCUGGAGGCUCAGAGCACAGGCGGGGCGAUCACAGAUAAUCCCGACUCCCUUUGCGAGGGAAGACACCCGCUGAAUCUGACAGUUGCCACACAGGGAGGGGCGCUGCAGUUCGCAGCUUAUGCGCUCUAUGAGCUCGUGAUAUUGUGUAUGACACAAUAUCGUAAGCUUCGGGAGCAUCAAGACUGCUGCGAGCUACGAGACUCGUUUCUCGCUACGCUGUACCGCGAUUCGUCUUUGUACAUGGUGGGCUCGAUCGUUUUGUCGGUGGUGAACGUUGGUAUGAUCUUAGUGUUCCCUGCUUACAGCGACCUGUUCAACAACAUACAAACCGCAUUUCAAAGCAUAAUAGCGAGUCGCGUCGUGUUCGACCUGAGGGAGAGUGACGAUCGUAAACGGAGGUGGUCGCUCGGCAGAGCUUUGGAUGAUUCUAGCUUCCCGGAAGCGUUGAGAUUGGGCCAAUAA